AUGGAAACAUACAACGGGCACGUGCGGACCCCCGCAGAUGCGAUAAUACUAUUCGAGGCCUGUCGCCUGGGCCUUUUACCUAGAGUCCAGCGAAGAUUGUCUGAAAAAGAGCGCCAAUCCAUCAAGUCUGGCUCUGUCUUCGUCUGGGAUGAACGUGAAGCCGGUAUGCGAAGAUGGACCGACGGGAAAUCUUGGAGUGCCAGUAGGGUGUCUGGAAGCUUUCUUACAUACCGGGAAAUGGAGGGCAAACGUGGUGGCAACAGCUUUGGGCCGCCUUUGGCUGCCGUCUCAAGAGCUGGAAAGACUCCUGAUAGCACUCGCGGUAGUGACUCCGAUCUGGAUAUUGGUGGAGAAGAUGGACCGGAUGGGUAUCGAUACAAGCCAGACGGCUUGAUGAAGCAGUCCUUCAGCAUAACGACUUCCUCGGGCAAUCACCUCCAUCUCAUCAGCUACUACUCGCGCUCCCAUCCAUCUGCUUCAGGCCUCACAAGUCCUACAAGCGAUCCGGCAUUGCGGCAUAUUCGUCCACAAAAGGGAAUGUACCCCGAAUCGACCGUUCAUGAGCAUCAAAAUAUCCCCGCCGUGACUCGAUCGCCGAUGGUCAGCGCACCAUACUCAACUGUCCCUCAGAUGGCAGGAUAUGCUCGACAAGGACCUCCUCAAUGGCCCCCACACUACAAUGGUUACAAUUGGACGCCUCCGCCUCCGGUGCAACAGGCGGGCCCACAUUAUGGCUACCAGCAGUAUAAUGGAGGUGGUGCCGUAUACGCACCCCCACCGCCGAUCAACGGUCAUUCACCUCUUCAGAACUCUCAAUCAGCUCAACAACCUCCACCCACAACGCAGUCAUACGACCCUCAUUACCAAGCGUACGACCAAAGAAGAUACCCUUCGAUGCCAUCUUCUGUGCACCCUGAUAUGUCUGGCUACGACCAACGGCAAGGCCCUCCUACAACACCACAACAGCGACCCAUGGACAAGUAUGCGCCGCCUCAAGAUAUCUACAACGGCUAUGAUCCAAGGUACCCUCCAAAUCAAAAUCGCAAUCCUCCCACGCCCUCAGACAGCAAUCUUGCGCCUCCGCAACAGAUUCACAGCCGCAAUGGGACCUCCGCGAAUGGUAUGCAGCAGUCACAGUCACAAUAUCGUCAUCCUUCCCCACACAUGUCGCAACCUCCGCCAAACGGUCAACAGCAGCAGGCUCAGCAGCUUACCUCGUCGUCCACUCCUAUCGACCCGCGGUUGAUGGGUUCUUCGCCGAUGAUACAGCAACAGUCACAACCAAACCUUCAUUCCCGGACGUCAACUCCUGGAGCUCAUGCACAGCUCCAGGAAGCUGCCGAGACCGUCCAAACCCACGCCAACGGCACAAAUGGCGCAAGCACGAUCCCAAGUAUUGGCGCCAUCAUGAACGGCACUUCUACCGAGAGCCACAACAGCCCAAACGCAGAUGCGAAGAGCGACAGAUCCGGUGAUAAAACUCCCGGUGGUUCCGUGAAGAAGGAAGGUGGACCGCAGGACAUUCCCAGUGACAAACUGGGUUUUGGUGAAGAUAUGAGGGCGUUGAAGGUUCUGGAUCGGGCAUUCAAGACAUAA